UGUAUUAAUGUAUUGGUUUCAUUUGUUAGGGAGAGAAGUGGGAGGAGUUACUGUAUGCGAGGCCACUCCCUGACGCUCAUAAACACAACAUGAAGGGUCGUCUUGUUGACUUGAUAAACCUGUUUGGCCGGUUGGGUGGGUUUGAUUUUUUAAAGAAGAGAAUUUGUGAAGGAGAACUAACAGUAAAUAUACUGUCCUUUUUAUUAAGGCCGUUUGGUUUGUGUUCAAGUUUUUUAACUGAGAGAGUUAGAAAUGACUACAUCAUAGCAAUAGUGGAUAAAUCCAUUGAGUUUAUAAACAGUUUAAAUGAUGAUUUACUUAAGAAGGAGGCCACCACUGACUCAAGGAGUGAGACCUUCUCUUCAAUAAUGAAGGUAUGGUAUAGUUCAGGUUAAUAAUAGUAUUGGGAUGUCAGUGGGGGUGUGGCCAAUUAUACUGUGUACAUAUUG